AUGACCAUCGGCAAUAUCAACAUCAAUGACUUCUUCAAUGAAGACCUACUGUCCAAGCUAAGGGCGGCCUUCACCGAGUUCGACACCAGCGGCGAUGGCCUCAUUGGAAAGGAAGAGCUUUGCGAGCUCUUUGGCAAGUUGGGGAAGAGCCUCACCAAGAAGGAAGCCAAUAUCAUCCUGCGAGAGGUGGAUGCAGAUGGAAAUGGCCAGAUCGAUUUUGAAGAACUCUGCUACCUAGAAAUCCAGAUGUCCGGAGCCAAGCCCCGUGCGGAUUUGAUUGACUACACCACCUACCUUUAUGACGAUGCCAUCAAGCAACUGCAACAGUGGUUCUCUCUCCAUGACAUGUCCGAAGAUGGCCAGAUCACCGUCGAAGCGGCACAGAGAAUCGCUGAGCAGCACGAUGGCCGAGCCUCCGGGGAGGAGAUCCGAGACGUGCUCUCGCAGGUCUCCCUGGACGGAAGGAUUGGUUUCUCGCAGUUUUGUGCCUUUUGGGCGGUCAUCACCAAUGCCCCGAAGAAGCUCAAUUACCGAGAGUACUUAAGCUACGCGGAGGUGCGGCAAUGCCGGGCGAUCUUCGAGGAGGCAGCGGGGGAGAAGAAAGAGCUUUCCCGGAAGCAGGUCCAGGAGCUCUUGAAGGAGAAGAACUUCGUCCGCGCGAAGCGUCACUUGGGGCGGAUUUUGGACUCCUUCGGCCUCGACAAGAAGGGCGUGCUGGACUUCCAGCUUUUUUGCAACGUCAUCGUGAAGCUCUCCCUACGGCGCAAGCUUUGGGAACUCUCGCCCGAGACAGUGGACUGCGCCCAGCUUUGGCGCGAUGGCUUCACAGUGUCUGAGCUCCAGAUGUCCGGCUUCGGGCUCCGCGACUUCGGCGCGGUGCGGGUCCCGGCGCGGAAGCUCUACCAGGAGGGAAAGUACUCUGCCUUAGAUCUUCGACGUGCAGGCUACUCCGCAAGCGAUCUCCGUCGCGCGGGCAUUGGACUCAUCGAGCUGAGGAGCUCGGGCUUCAGCCUGGCCGAGCUCCGCACAGCCGGCUUCUCCUCGGAGGGCCUCCACGACGCCAACCGAACGAUGCAUGGCUGCUUGAGCGUGGGGGACUUCACUUUACUACCGCAGAUUGCCAAAGGCACCUUGCAAAAGUGGAGCACCGCGAAAUCGCAGGAGCUGCUGAAUCUGCAGCGCCUCACCAUGACGCCGCUGAUUCGCGAGCACACCGACGGCCCACCCAAGCUCUCGCCCUUAUGUCGGGCUUUUAGCCAAAGCCUUCCCAGUUUCAAGGUCGACCUCCCCGCCCCGCGCAGCUAG